GCUCUCAGGAUGGAGGAGAGACCCCGGGGCCAGCCGGCCCUGGCGCCCACCUGGCCGGCCCGCAGCCUCGGAGCCCUGGACCUGAGUGUGACCUGUCAGGUGUGUGCAGUUUCUCUUUCGCUUCGGGCGUCCUCAGCUGCGGGCGGGCGGGGCCUCCUCCGGCCUUUCCCAGCCUGGGGCUCCCCUGCUAACGGGGACCUGUCUGUUUUCUUUUCUACGCAAAUCUGGGCUGCCCCAAGCCCUUCGAAGCAGCUAAAAGCUGAGCGCUGCAGCAUGGAGCUCACAGCAGCGGCCUCUCCAGCGCCUGCACACGCACGGGCACAGCUGCUUCCCAGAGGCCGGAGGGGACCGGAGGUCAGCAGCCCCCGAGACGGCGGUGGACUCGAGGCGCAGAAUGAGAACGAGGCCUGACGUGGCCUGGGCCAGCUUGCUGGUGCUGGUGCUGGUGCUGACGAUCCCCGUGCUGACCGGCACAGCGGCCGGGCCUGUCCCCGAGGCCCCGGGAGCCAGGGGGUGCCCUGCGGCGCAGCUCAAGUCUCUGUCCCCAGGAGAGCUGCAGGCCUUCAAGAGGGCCAAGGAUGCCUUGGAGGAGUGGCUCCUGCCCAAGGACCGCAGCUGCAGCUCCCGCCUCUUCCCCAGGACCCGGGACCUGAGGCAGCUGCAGGUGUGGGAGCGCCCCGUGGCCCUGGAGGCCGAGGUGGCCCUGACACUGCAGGUCCUGGGCGGUGUGAGCAACUCGUCCCUGGGCGCCGUCCUGGACCAGCCCCUCGGCACGCUGCACCACGUCCACACGGAGCUCCAGGCCUGCCUCUCAGCUCAGCCCGGCGCAAGGCCCCGGCCCCGAGGCCACCUCCAGCACUGGCUGCACCGGCUGCGGGAGGCGCAGAGACAGUCCCGGGGCUGCCUGGAAGCCUCUGUGACCUUCAACCUCUUCCGCCUCCUCAGCCGGGACCUGCCGUGCGUGGCCAGCGGAGACCUGUGUGUCUGAGCUGUGACCCCUGCACCUGUCCCGCCUCCGAGCCGCCAUCGCACCCCAUUAUUUUCUUAUUUAUUGCUUCUGAUCACUAUUUAUGAUCGAUGUCACCCUCAAACCCGGAAAAUGUUUAUUUUUCUACUUUUUGUAAAAAUGUGCCAAUAAACUGUGUGCACAAGACGCUCAGUGGUUGGGCUGUGUCGCGUGGCUUCCUUUCCUUUGGCAAAACAGCACCACGGAGCGUCCUCUGCCCAGUGCCGGUGGCCCCUGGUCAGUGGACAGGUGUCUCUCAGGCUAGCGUCAAAGAUCCUGCUGUGUCGGCCCUCCCUGGCGGCGCAGCGGGUUAAAGCACU